AUGAUUACCAUGGACGCUAACACGGGCGAAGUCGAACGCAUGCGCAACGACCUGUUAGAGGUGCACACGGUGUUCCUGGACAAAAAGUGCUCGCGAGGAUGGAUACCUGCAACGGCCAUAGAAGUCAUCUCAACGGCAGAUAUGAUAGAGAACGGGCCAGGGGAGAAGCUGCAGAUGAAAGUGAUUAAAGGAGGCCAGAAGAAGAAAAGAAAGGUGAUGUCCACGUCAAAUGCGGCACUAGCGGAAGCUACGAGGGUGUUGGCGAUGAAUGUAGCCGAGCGUACCGCUUUCAAUCCAUUUCCAUACCGGGAGCCUGAGCCUGAGCCUAGUCCACCGCCACGCAAGGUGAUAAAAGGUAAGAGAGAGCCCACACAAAAGGCGCCCAAGGUCGAGCGACCUGUGAAGCGCAGGAAGACGGAAGAGGAGAUUGCCGAGGAAAAGAGAGAGAAGGCGGCGGAACGCGCCAAGCUUCUGCGAGAGAGACGCGAAAUGGAAAGUGAGGCCAGGCGGCAGCGGAAAGAACUGGAGCAGAAAGAGAAUGCGGAAAACUUGGCGCAAAAGGAGGCCCAAAUGGAGCCUAUCCCAACCGUGGACCCCACAGUCUGCUAUGCGUGUCACAAAGCAGGCGAUCUGGUCGCGUGUCAGGCACCAAACUGCAACAAGUAUCAUGUUGAGGCAAGUGAUCAUGUGCAUGAAUGA